AUGUGUGAGAUCAAUCAGACUCAGGUUGCACAGAUUCGUUUACUUGGGUUUCGUGGCCUGGCCAAGUUUAAAACUUUAUUAUUUAUUGUCUUUCUUUUAACCUAUCUUAUCAUACUCGGUGGAAACCUUUUAAUUAUCAUUUUGGUAACAACUGUUGAUCAUCUUAAAAUCCCAAUGUUCUUCUUCCUCAAGCACUUGGCCACAGCAGAUGUCCUACUGACCACCAGUGUUGUCCCAAUGAUGCUAGAUAUUAUAUUCAUUGAGGAGGGAAGACUAUCAUUUGUCGGAUGCAUCACUCAGUUGCAUGCCUUUGGCAUUUUUGGAUUUGUGCAAUGUUUUCUGAUUGCUGUUAUGUCCUAUGAUCGAUACUUGGCCGUUUGCAAACCAUUGCAUUAUGCUUCACUUAUGAGCCCUCGUGUUUGCCUCCAGUUGGUUUUUGGAUCCUGGUUCUUAGUUUCCAUGUUAAUAUCAAGUGAAAUAAUGGUAGUGGUUCAAUUUAACUUCUGUGGAAUUAAUUAUAUUGACAAUUUUUUCUGUGAUUUUGGACCAGUUGUGGAACUGUCCACUUCAGACACAUCCAGUUUGAUGCUACAAGACUUUGUAAUUUCCAUAUUCCUGAUAUUUUGCCCGUUCACUUUCAUAAUCUUAACCUACAUGUACAUUUUCUUCACCAUUCUGAGAACGUCUUCUGCUUAUGGUCGAAGAAAGGCCUUCUCCACAUGUAGCUCCCACUUGACUACUGUCUGUAUCUAUUAUGGAACUUUGAUCACCGUAUACAUGGUCCCAACAGAUGCCAGCACAGCAAGCAUGAACAAAUAUAGGUCUUUGCUGUACACUGUGGUGACACCACUGAUGAAUCCUAUUAUCUACAGCCUCAGGAACCAGGAGAUCAGGAAAGCCUUGCUCAAAUUUGUCACCAAACUCAAAACAGACAGCUUUCAUUUUUAA